GGAGCAGAGACUUGAUGACCCUGGCUGUUAUCUUUAGGUCUGUACAUACGAUUCAGUCUUUUAUGAUUAUCACGUCAUACUGUGCGAUUGUUACCAAGUAUGCAUCUUUAGAAAUAGUUUUUACAUAGAAACUUUGGCUGAACUACGAAGCAAAUAGGCUUCCCCAAAAUAACGUGAUAGAACGUUUUAUUUAGAUUGAUAAAAAUCCCAUCAGGUAGCCAAAUUUCAGAUGUGUCAUGUAAACAAGAUUUAAUUGGGAAAUCGUUCUUGCACAGCAUGUAGGCUAAGCAUUUAAACCAAACUAUUAUGUUAAUCAGACUAUUCACAAUAAUGUAUUAUUGUGUGCAUACUCUGUGCCGGCCAAGUUCCUAUUUGCCAUUCACCGGGAUCGGCUUAACACAAAGGCCAUAAAAAUCUGACACUGCUAAAACUUUGUCAUAGCCUACAACCGCACGUAACAGGUACUUCAUCGGCAGACCUAGACCCGGUCACACUGAACGAGCCAAGACAUCCGACAAUCGUUUACGACCUAAGGAUUUGCCUAAGACGGGGAAAUAGUCUAGGACGGCAAAAUCGUGGCUUUAGACGGCUAAAAUCAUACAGUCUGCAAAGGCCUUUAGCCAGCUCUUGCAAGCUUUUGGAUGUGUCCUUCUGAAAAGACUGAGGGCUAGAGAGGCGAAGGGGGGUGGGGUCCUUCAAUCUGAGCAGAGUUCAGCUCAAUCAUGACAUGAAUUGGAAAUGUGCUUCCUAUGGCACCUGAAGGUCAAAUGACAGGGCAGACGUUUUUAAUUCAUUAACAAAUUAGCCUACGUGACAUCGCUCCUCUAAGUCGUAUUCAUUAGGGCGUGUAAUGGAAAACGUUAAACUAUUUGCACCAAAAACCUAUUAAUUAUUGGAUGUUUAGGACCCCCGCUGUUUGUCUGCUUUCUUCAUUCUGGGGCCUAAUGAACACCACCCUCAUUCCCCUCCUUAUUUUCUGUGUGUUAGCUACAGUCAUGUCUUUCCAGGAGCAGUAAUCUGGUCUAGGCCUAUUUUAUUGGUCUUCCUGGGGAGUGGGAAGGAAGAGGAUUAGUUCAUCCAGGGCUUUUCUUGUUGUGGAUCAUGCACUAUUCCGCCUUUCCAGCCUAGUAGAAUCUAGAUGAAUGUAGUAGUCUCAAUCUCUGUGCAUCUUUAGGCAGAUAUGUGAUUUCUUUCUGAAUUUCUACUGACCCAAGAAGACGUUUCUUCAAGAAGCCUUUGAAUUGUUUUGCUGAUCACUUCCCUACUCUUUCUCUCCCCCAUGCAGUCACUCCUCAUGGCCUGUUAUGACUGAGAGGCUGCCAUCAUGAUUGGAGGAUUGUUCAUCUACAACCACAAGGGGGAGGUGCUGAUCUCCCGCGUCUACCGCGAUGACAUAGGGUAAGUCCACAGAGUAGUGUAGCAUGGUAUCCCAGUACUAGCAUUUUUGUUACGUUCGGUAUGUCUGUCAAAUGUGUCUUACGUGAUUGAGAGAAUCAAGUAUCAGCGUGUCCCCUUUUAUAGGUUGAGGAGCAAAGUGCCUGCUCCACUUAGUCAUUCAUUGCUAGGCUAUGUGGGCUGCAUUGUUAGCUCCCCACUCAUGCUGCACAAACACUUGAAUAAUGAAAGACGUUGAAACGGUUCAUUACUGUUCGCAAAACAAUGUCCAUACUGGCUAGAACACUUUUACAAUGCAAGACUAUACCGGUAGCUUCCUGCUUUAAUUGUAGGCUUACUUUCCUUGCUAGCUUACAGCUGAAUUCACUAACCUAGUACUUUGUUUGUGAUAACGCAAAAUAUACUAAUUUCAUAGCUAAUUGUCACCAAAAACGUUAAUUAAUUAACUUUGUCUCUCUCGCCACCAAAAACAUUCACUUCUUUGUCUCCUUCACCUCCCGUCUGGUUUCCACUAAAUUCCAUAGCCACAUUCUGCCUCGCGAAUAACGUCAUUACUUAGAGAAGGCGCACACUUUUAUAAAUGAAGAGCUUGCUUCUUCUAUGCAAAUGUUGAUCAGUACAAUACAUGUAUGUUCUCCUAGCAGUUGCCAAUAAAAUAAGUCCUAAAUGGAAGGGAUUGUUUAUCUGUAUCCCCAUGAAAUCGGCUCAAACAAGCUCAACUCAAUGCAUGCACACACUCCUAUUGAAAUAAUAUGCAUUUACCUGUAUUGUGAAUAGACCUAGGCAACAUCUUGAUUUACCCAGUUUAUCAAUAGAUUCAUCAUUCAAAUAAAUGACCAUUGUUAUUUUGUAGUUAGAUUGGUAAAAACAAAAUCAAAUUGAUUGUAUAAUUGAUUCAUUAAUGCAUACAGUGACUACAGACAGUAUUCACACCCCUUGACUUAAAAAUAAAUACAACUCUUACAGCCUGAAUUUUUUAUUGAUUCAAUUGAGAUUUUGGGUCACACACAAUAUCCCAUAAUAUCAAAGUGGAAUUAUGUUUUAAGACAUUUUUACUUUAUGUAAUAAAAAAUGUAAAGCUGAAAUGUCUUGUCAAUAAGUAUUCAACUCCUUUGUUAUGCCAAGCCUAAAUAAGUUCUGGAGUAAAAAUGUGCUUAACAAGUCACAUAAUAAGUUGCAUGGACUCACUCUGUGCAAUAAUAGUGUUUUGAAUGACUACCUCAUCUCUGUAUCCCACACAUACAAUUAUGUGUAAGAUCCCUCAGUCGAGGUUUUCCAAUGCCUCGCAAAGAAGGGCACCUAUUGGUAGAUGGGUAAAAAUAACAUUGAUAUCCCUUUUGAGCAUGGUGAAGUUAUUAAUUACAUUUUGGAUGGUGUAUCAAUACACUCAGUCACUACAAAGAUACAGGCGUCCUUCAUAACUCAGUUGCUGGAGAGGAAGGAAACCGCUCUGGGAUUUCACCGAGGCCAAUGGUGACUUUAAAACUGUUACAGAGUUUAAUGGCUGUGAUAGGAGAAAACUGAGGAUGGAUCAACAACAUUGUCAUUUAGGUUAGUAUUAUGGAGUAACUACAGAGUGAAAAGAAGGAAGCCUAUACAGAAUAAAAAUAUUCCAAAACAUGCAUCAUGUUUGCAACAAGGCACUGAAGUAAAUUUGCCAAAAAAAUGUUGCAAAGAAAUUAACUUUGUCCUAAAUACAAAGUUUUAUGUUUGGGGCAAAUCCAACACAGCACAUCACUGAGUACCACUCUUCAUAUUUUCAAGCAUGGUGGUGGCUGCAUCAUGUUAUGGGUAUGCUUGUCAUCGGCAAGGACUAGGGAGUUAUUUAGGAUAAAAAUAAACAGAAUAGAGCUAAGCACAGGCAAAAUUCUAGAGAACCUGGUUCAGUCUGCUUUCCAACAGACACUGGUAGACACAUUCCCCUUUCAGCAGGACAAUAACCUAAAACACAAGGCCAAAUAUACACUGGAGUUGCUUACCAAGACGACAUGUUCCUGAGUGGCGUAGUUACAGUUGACUUAAAUCGGCUUGAAUCUAUGGUAAGACUUGGAAAUGGCUGUCUAGCAAUGAUCAACAACCAACUUCACAGAGCUUGCAGAAUAAAACAAAUUAUAAUGUGCAAAUGUUGUGCAAUUAGACUUACCCAGAAAGACACAGCUGUAAUCGCUGCCAAAAGUGAUUCACAAAUGGCUGGUAUGGGUGAAAGGCUUUCAAGUAGCCAGUGUAAAGCCAGCUAUGGGGGUGCAGGGGCAUGCCAAACCCCCCUUGUAGUCGGCCACAUGAGUUAGGAUAGUAGUCAGCUAUUUGGAACAACGCACUGUAAUCCGUCUUUAGUGAAAGUCUGACUGCAUCCACAGUAGACCUCUAAAGCCGUGGAAGAUUGCCCACAUCUGAUAUUUGGUUCUCCUUCUGAGAAGUUGAACAAGAAGCAUUUACAUUACAUUUUACAUUUUAGUCAUUUAGCAGACGCUCUUAUCCAGAGCGACUUACAGUUAGUGAAUAGAUCUUUUUUUAUUUUUUUUUUAUUUUUUAUACUGGCCCCCCGUGGGAAUCAAACCCACAACCCUGGCGUUGCAAACGCCAUGCUCUAUCAACUGAGCUACAUCCCUGCCGGCCAUUCCCUCCCCUACCCUGGACGACGCUGGGCCAAUUGUGCGCCGCCCCAUGGGUCUCCCGGUCGCGGCCGGCUGCGACAGAGCCUGGAUUCGAACCAGGAUCUCUGGUGGCACAGUUAACACUGCGAUGCAGUGCCUUAGACCACUGCGCCACUCGGGAGCAGAAGCCUCAGGCAGAAAUGCGAUCUAACACAGGUGGCGUUCCGGGUUGUCUUUUUUUGCAGUCAGUUGCUAGGAUACAACCGCAGCACAGCUCGUGGCUCAUGGUCUGUUUAUUGUAGCUGAGUGUCCCUGUAAUUUAUCUGGAGACGUUAGUGAACUUAGUGCAACCUUGUUGAUCACCAAACACUUCUGUAAAAAACCCAAUGACUCGGACUAUAAAGCCUUGCAUUAUUUUUUAUUUGUUGGCGGUAGGUGCACUUGAUUCAGCAGCCUUAGCGCCAGGAAGGCAAAGUAUUCCCAUUUUUAACCAUUUAAUGUGUCUGAAGGUAGAACUCCGCUUACCUGGCAGGCCCAGUGAGCAAAUCAAGUGCACCUAUAGGCCUAUCGCUGUGCAAACACAACUCUUGAUUACCGUGUCUGCACAGUUUCCUCGAGCCUUAAACCUGUAAAAAAAGAAGCCUCGAACGCACAGCAAAGUUGAUACUGUGAGAUUUCUUUUUUUUUUUUAAACCAUGACUAGAGACUCAAUGAACACAGCAAAGAUCUGCUGUUCAUGUUUAAGUUGUUAUUCAGCACUGUCAACACUUUGUUUCCGAUAAGCUUGCGUUGUUAUUAUUAGCGGCUUGUCUUUAAAACAAUUUUAUAUCGAGGAAUAUUUAACUUUCUCUGGCCUUGGAGUAACAACAUGAAUUGGCGCAUGAGGCAGAAAUAAUGCAGUGUGACUUGAGUUUCGCCAUCAGCUGGAAGACUGUCCCUUUUCUCAGCGGAGGGACGGUGAGUCGGGUGAGAGGCAGCCUCACCGCUGCUCCCUCCCUCCCCUCAGACUGACCAUCAGAUGCAGGCCAUCAGUUAAAAUAUGGAAAUGAUUAUGCUCACUUAGCUGUGCCUCACAAGUAAUACAACAAAUUAUUUAUUACCAGUGUGAUCAUAUACAUACAUUUUUAAUAUGCAGUGAUAAUGUAUUGGGCCUAUAGCCUACUGCACAAAUCUCAUUGCUACAGAACUGUUUUUAAUUAGUUAGUGUUGCAUAGGCUUACGUUUAAGUAAUGUAAAAAAAUAAAUAAAAAUCUGAGCAGUAGAUCUCGACUUGCAUUUUGACUCAAAGUGAUCUAGACUCAGAAAAGGUUGGUGACCACUGCUCUAGGGACUUCAGAUCAUCUUAAUUGUACCAUGCAGUCCAGUUAGCUCAUGGCUCCUGGUUGACCCGGAAAACCUUGCAUAACUUCCCCAUCUCCCCGUUGUUAAUUAAGGAGGGGUGUGUGUCAGUGUUGGCGCUGGACAACCUGACCUGUAAGAUUUUAAUUUACUGGACAUCCAUAUGCAUUGGAUGCGUAACCUAUUGAGGUGUCCACCCACGGUGCUCAGAAUGACAGAAAUCACAUUUAGAUUAUGGUACCGUAAACGUACAUUCGCCUCUACUGGAUGGGUGUCCCGAAAUCGGGACAGUUGUUGCUCAAUAUGGAUAAUAGAAAACCCUUUUGCAAUUAUAUUAGCACAGCUGAAAACUGUUGUGCUGAUUUAAAGAAGCAAUAAAACUGUCCUUCUUGAGACUAGUUGAGUAUCUGGAGCAUCAGCAAUUGUGGGUUUGAUUACAGGCUCAAAAUGGCCAGAAACAAAUAACUUUCUUCUGAAACUCGUCAGUCUAUUCUUGUUCUGAGAAAUUGCCAAGAAACUGAAGAUCUCGUACAACGCUGUGUACUACUCCCUUCACAGAACAGCGCAAAUUGGGCCCCGGUGCACAACUGAGCAAGAGGACAAAUCCAUUAGUGUCUAGUUUGAGAAACAGACACCUCACAGGUCCUCAACUUGCAGCUUCAUUAAAUAGUACCCGCAAAACACCAGUCUCAACGUCAACAGUGAAGAGGCGACUCCGGGAUGCUGACCUUCUAGGCAGAGUUGCAAAGAAAAAGUCCAGUGUCAGUGUUCUUUUUCCCGUCUUAAUCUUUUCUUUUUAUUGGCUAGUUUGAGAUAUGACUUUUUCUUUCAGCAUUCUCGUCGCGUCUCCUGUUAGUACCUGUUAUGUAGGGAAGCUAAUGAUCCAUCAUGUAUGACAUUCCUGGGAGUGUGUAAUCUUGUAUUUCUUAUUAACAUAGCAUUUUUGUAUGUUCUCUAUAGUUAUGUACUUGAAACGGUAUCAAUUUACCAAUUCGGCCAUUUGGAGGCUACUUGGGUACAUUUGGGCAAACUCGUGAGGGACACCUGGGUGACUUCAUACUAAAUGUUAUGUAGCUCCCUCAUUCUUGAAGGUAUCAGUCUGAAACUUUGCACAUACACUUGCCCUCUUGUAGACAACAUCUAAAUUACCUCUGAAUGUAUAGCUUUUCUUUUUCAUGUCAAAAUAGAAAACAUGUUUUUUUGUUUGUUUGAUCUUUUACCAGAUCUAUGUUCUACUACAUGAAUUUCACAUUUCCACAAACUUCUGCAGUGUUUCCUUUCAAAUAGUACCAAGAAUAUGCAUAUCCUUGCUUCAGGUCCUGAGCUACAGGCAGUUAGAUUUGGGUGUCAUUUUAGGUGGAAAUUGAAAAGAAGGGUCUGAUCCUUAAGAGGUUAAACACUGAGUCUCAAAUAGCCCCCUGUCCCUUUUAAUAGCCGGGCAUCCUAGAGGUCUUCGGGUCCAAAAAUUGACCUGUGGAAAAACAGACCCAAACAGACCCGUGCCUGAUCGGAUCCGAGAGUAAAGAGAGAAAAACCUCCGACCUGAGUCAGUUGGAGCUCUGGUGCGCACUGCCUUCAUAUCAUAGGCCUGCAGUAGCUAAAGCUUAAUAAUACAGGUCCCGUGUAGCUCAGUUGGUAGAGCAUGGCGCUUGCAACGGCAGGGUUGUGGGUUCGUUUCCCACGGGGGGCCAGUAUGGAGAAAAAAAAAAAAAAAAAAAAAUGUAUGCUGGAUAAGAGCGUCUGCUAAAUGCCUAAAAUGUAAAUAUGCACACCACACCAAACCUUCACACAAGUUUCAAACUUUAUUAGGGUAAUAUCAAAAGUAGGUAUAGUCCAUUGUUUAUAGGGACAAUAAUAAUAAUAUACCAUUUAGCAGACGCUUUUAUCCAAAGCGACUUACAGUCAUACAAGCAGGCUAGUAUAUUGCAGUAAACACUUAAUUUGGCCAAAGAAAAUGGCUCAACAGAAUGGUUUAAACCUUCACAAAAGUAGUACAAAACUCUAGGAACACCUUCCUAAUAUUGAGUUCCACCCACUUUUGCCCUCAGAACAGCUUCAAUUCGAUGGGGCAUGGACCCUACAAGGUGUUGAAAGCCUUCCACAGGACUCCAAUGCUUCCCACAGUUGUGUCAAGUUGGCUGGAUGUCCUUUGGGUGGUGGACCAUUUUUGAUACACACGGGAAACUGUUGAGCGUGGAAAAACCCAGCAGCGUUGCAGUUUUUGACACACUUGGCACCUACUACCAUACCCCGUUCAAAGGCACUUAAAUCUUUUCAUUCCCAUUCACCCUCUGAAUUGCGCACACACUAUCAUUGUCUCAAGGCUUAAAAAGCCUUUAGCAUGUCUCCUCCCCUUCAUCUACACCAGUGGUCACCAACCUUUUUUGAGUGUAUCACUUUUUGAGUCAAAAGGUAAGCCGAGAUACUGUUUUAUUUAUAUAUACAGACAGUCAGUCAGUCAGUCUGUCAGUCCCAGUCAAAAGUUUGGACACACCUACUCAUUCAAGGGUUUGAGAUUCUUCAAAGUAGCCACCCUUUGCCUUGAUGACAGCUUUGCACACUCUUGGCAUUCUCUCAACCAGCUUCACCUAGAAUGCUUUUCCAACAGUCUUGAAGGAGUUCCCACAUAUGCUGAGCACUUGUUGGCUGCUUUUCCUUCACUCUGCGGUCCAACUCAUCCCAAACCAUCUCAAUUGGGUUGAGGUCGGGUGAUUGUGGAGGCCAGGUCAUCUGAUGCAGCACUCCAUCACUCCUUCUUGGUCAAAUAGCCCUUACACAGCCUUGAGGUGUGUUUUGGGACAUUGUCCUGUUGAAAAACAAAUGAUAGUCCCACUAAGCGCAAACCAGAUGGGAUGGCGUAUCGCCGCAGAAUGCUGUGGUAGCCAUGCUGGUUAAGUGUGCCUUGAAUUCUAAAUAAAUCACAGACCGUGGCACCAGCAAAGCACCCCCACACCAUCACACCUCCUUCUCCAUGCUUCACGGUGGGAACCACACAUGCGGAGAUCAUCAGUUCACCUACUCAGCGUCUCACAAAGACACGGCGGUUGGAACCAAAAAUCUCACAUUUGGACUCAUCAGACCAAAGGACAGAUUUCCACCGGUCUAAUGUCCAUUGCUCGUGUUUCUUGGCCCAAGCAAGUUUCUUCUUCUUAUUGGUGUCCUUUGAUUUACUCAGUCUCCUCUGAACAGUUGAUGUUGCGAUGUGUCUGUUAAUUGAACUCUGUGAAGCAUUUAUUUGGACUGCAAUUUCUGAGGCUGGUAACUAAUAAACUUAUCCUCUGCAGCAGAGGUAACUCUGGGUCUUCCUUUCCUGUGGCGGUCCUCAUGAGAGCCAGUUUCAUCAUAGCGCUUGAUGGUUUUUGCGACUGCACUUGAAGAAAGUUCUUGAAAUUUUCCAGAUUGACUGACUUUCAUGUCUUAAAGUAAUGAUGGACUGUCGUUUCUCUUUGCUUAUUUGAGCUGUUCUUGCCAUAAUAUGGACUAGCUCUAUUUGGUAAAAGACAAUCUUCUGUAUACCCCCCUACCUUGUCACAACACAACUGAUUGGCACAAACGCAUUAAGAAGGAAAGAAAUUCCACAAAUUCACUUUUAAGAAGGCACACCUGUUAAUUUAAAUGCAUUCCAGGUGACUAUCUCAUGAAGCUGGUUGAGAGAAUGCCAAGAGUGUGCAAAGCUGUCAUCAAGGCAAAGGGUGGCUACUUUGAAGAAUCUCAAAUAUAAAAUAUAUUUUGAUUUAACACUUUUUUUUGGUUACUACAUGAUUUCAUAUGUGUUAUUUCAUAGUUUUGAUGUCUUCACUACUAUUCUACAAUGUAGAAAAUAGUAAAAAUAAAGACCCUUGAAUGAGUAGGUAUGUCCAAACUUUUUACUGGUACUGUAGACAUAUUUUUUACAUGACUUAAAAACGUAAGUCCAGUGAGGGGGAAAAAAGUAUUUGAUCGCCUGCUGAUUUUGUACGUUUGCCCACUGACAAAGAAAUGAUCAGUCUACAAUUUUAAUGGUAGGUUUAUUUGAACAGUGAGAGACAGAAUAACAACAAAAAAAUCCAGAAAAGCCCAUGUCAAAAAUGUUAUAGAUUUGUUUGCAUUUUAAUGAGGGAAAUAAGUAUUUGACCCCCUCUCAGUCAAAGAUUUCUGGCUCCCAGGUGUCUUUUAUACAGGUAACGAGCUGAGAUUAGGAGCGCACUUUAAAGGGAAUGCUCCUAAUCUCAGCUUGUUACCUGUAUAAAAGACACCUGUCCACAGAAGCAAUCAAUCAAUCAGAUUCCAAACUCUCCACCAUGGCCGAGACCAAAGAGCUCUCCAAGGAUGUCAGGGACAAGAUUGUAGACCUACACAAGGCUGGAAUGGGCUACAAGACCAUCGCCAAGCAGCUUGGUGAGAAGGUGACAACAGUUGGUGCGAUUAUUCGCAAAUGGAAGAAACACAAAAUAACUGUCAAUCUCCCUCGGCCUGGGGCUCCAUGCAAGAUCUCACCUCGUGGAGUUGCAAUGAUCAUGAUAACGGUGAGGAAUCAGCCCAGAACUACACGGGAGGAUCUUGUCAAUGAUCUCAAGGCAGCUGGGACCAUAGUCACCAAGAAAACAAUUGGUAACACACUACACCGUGAAGGACUGAAAUCCUGCAGUGCCCGCAAGGUCCCCCUGCUCAAGAAAGCACAUAUACAGGGCCGUCUGAAGUUUGCCAAUGAACAUAUGAAUGAUUCAGAGGAGAACUGGGUGAAAGUGUUGUGGUCAGAUGAGACCAAAUUGGAGCUCUUUGGCAUCAACUCAACUCGCCGUGUUUGGAGGAGGUGGAAUGCUGCCUAUGACCCCAAGAACACCAUCCCCACCGUCAAACAUGAAGAUGGAAACAUUAUGCUUUGGGGGUGUUUUUCUGCUAAGGGGACAAUACAACUUCACCGCAUCAAAGGGACGAUGGACAGGGCCAUGUACCGUCAAAUCUUGGGUGAGAACCUCCUUCCCUCAGCCAGGGUAUUGAAAAUGGGUCGUGGAUGGGUAUUCCAGCAUGACAAUGACCCAAAACACACGGCCAAGGCAACAAAGGAGUGGCUCAAAAAUAAGCACAUUAAGGUCCUGGAGUGGCCUAGCCAGUCUCCAGACCUUAAUCCCAUAGAAAAUCUGUGGAGGGAGCUGAAGGUUCGAGUUGCCAAACGUCAGCCCCGAAACCUUAAUGGCUUGGAGAAGAUCUGCAAAGAGGAGUGGAACAAAAUCCCUCCUGAGAUGUGUGCAAACCUGGUGGCCAACUACAAGAAACGUCUGACCUCUGUGAUUGCCAACAAGGGUUUUGCCACCAAGUACUAAGUCAUGUUUUGCAGAGGGGUCAAAUACUUAUUUCCCUCAUUAAAAUGCAAAUCAAUUAAUAACAUUUUUGACAUGCGUUUUUCUGGAUUUUUGUUGUUGUUAUUCUGUUUCUCACUGUUCAAAUAAACCUACCAUUAAAAUUAUAGACUGAUCAUGUCUUUGUCAGUGGGCAAACGUACAAAAUCAGCAGGGGAUCAAAUACUUUUUUCCCUCACUGUAUAUGCAAGAUUAACCUAUUUAAAAACAGUACUGUAGUAAUGAGGUGUGUGCAGUAGGCUAUAGGCCCAAAACAUGAUCACCGCAUAUUGUCUUUGCUUGAAUUGCCCUGCCAAUGGAUUGUUCUUCUCAGAUUUGAACAUUUGAGGUAGGCUAUAUGAUCACACUGGUAAUAGAUCAGUUGUUGUAUUACUUGUUAGGCACAGCUGAGUGAGCAUAAUUAGCUUUUUUUAUUUUACUGGGCUGAUGGAGCCUGCAUAUUAUGGUCAGUCUCAGUGGAGGGAGAGGGAAGCAGACUGAGGGUCCGCCUCUCAACGUCCCUCCGCUCUCCCUUUCCUCCGCUGACACUGACCAAAAAGGGACACUGUCUUCCAGCUGAUGGUGAAACUCGAGUCGCAACACAUUAUUUCUGCCUCAUGCACAAAUUCAUGUUGUUACUGCUAUGACCAGAGAAAUUGAAAUUUUGACAAUCUGCUAAUAACGCAAGCCUAUCGAUACACUUCCCUACUCAUUCAUUGCAGCUGCAGUGCUGGUUGUAGUGCGAGUGGAAGUAGGGAGAAUGCGCAUUUUAUGGCUUGUGAAAGUGUAGAAUAGAAAGUGAUGACAGUGCUGAGUAAGAACUUAAACAUGAACUCACUCAUAAAAACAGCAGCUCUUUGCUGUAUUCGUUGACAGUCUCUCUGUAGUCAUGGUUUUAAAAGUUUAGAAAUCUCAGUAUCGGCUUUGCUGUAGCUUUCUUUUACGCCUGCUACGUUACUGCGGACACUGUAAUCUGAGCCAUCCGAUUGGCCAGUGGUAGGUCUAUAGAGCACUUGAUUUGCUCCCGCCGGAAUGCCAGAGUUUGUACCUUCAGACAUAUGAAAUGGUUCAAAAUGGGAACACGUUGCCUACCCGGCGCGCAGGACAGCUGAAUCAGGUGCACCAACCGCAUGAGACGAAUGUAAAAAAUAGUAACGCAAGGUUUAUCGUUGGGUUUUUUACAGAAAUGCUUGGCGAUCGACUAGGAAUGCCUUGGAGAUCGACCGGUCGGUGACCACUGAUUUGAAGUGGAUUUAACAGGUGACAUCAAUAGGGGAUCAUAGCUUUCACCUGGAUUCACCUUGUCAGUCUGUCAAGGAAAGGGCAGGUGUUCCUAAUGUUUUGUACACUCAGUGUAUUGCAGCAAUUACCAACAAAGGCUAGUGCCUGCCGUACCCAACAAAUUACAGCAAUCGGCUAAUGAUAUCUAUUUUACAACAGGCUUACUUCUAACUUAAACUAAAUAAGGAGCAAAUGAUUAAAAAGACCGAACUAACCAACAAAAAUGUCUCAACCGAAUGAAACAAAACACGUACAUAUUUAAAGAACUGGUUUAGAUUAAUAAAUAGGCCUACAAUAAUAAUAAUAAUAUUAAUGAUGAUGAUAAAACAAAUGACUAAAUAUGAAAAUAAAUAAAAGUGUAAAAAUGUUAUUCUACCUGAAUAGUGAGUUGCACAGUAACCUGCAUUUGGCCGCACCAACAUUCGUCUCAUCUUUGUCCACUACAAUAUUAAAGCUUGUCCACACUGAGGACAUUACCCUUAGGCUAUGGGCAUACUCUUUUUUUCCCUCUCUAGCUUUCGUUUUACCUCUGAAAAAGGCCAAGGCUUCUCUCUCUCUCUCCCUCUCUCUGCGCAUGCACGUAAGGCAGUGCGCAAGGAGUGAGAGAAUGGUGCUGAAGCAUGAAAUCGGGAUGCCGGCUAUAAUUGAAUUUAUUUAAUAUUCAUUUUUUGGGCCCGCCCUUCGUAUCUCUCUCUAACCCUCUGCCCUGAUUCCCAUCUUCAUUCUCCUUUCCCUCUUCUUUUCCUCCUUGUCUUUUGUGUUUCUGUCCACCCUUUCUGCUGGUACCAUUUCUCUCCAUGUCCAUCAUCUUGUCCAUUUGGCUACUGUAGGAAUAGGUAAGAUGAUGUGCUUGCUUGGCAACUGAUCAUCUCCUGACUGCAAGUGUCUUGCCAGCUGCAGUGACAAAAGACAGGUUUCUUUUUCUCCAAAUGUAGGCUACAUGCCCCUUUACCGUUUCCUUUCUUCCGUGCAUCUCGUGGUCCUCUUUCACUCUCCUGCUCUUUCACUCUCCCCCUCUUUGACUUUCAAUCAUCUCAUAUCUUUACUUGCCUAAUACAGUUAAAUGUCUCUAACACACUCUGUUCCUCUUCCGUGUGUGCAUGCUGCUCAAGGUCUACCUUUUUGAAUGUCUCUAACGACCCCCUCCUUUUCUGUAUUUGUAUAUACAGGCGCAAUGCGGUGGAUGCGUUCCGCGUGAACGUGAUCCAUGCGCGGCAGCAGGUACGCUCGCCGGUCACCAACAUCGCCCGCACCAGCUUCUUCCACGUCAAGCGCUCCAACAUCUGGCUGGCGGCGGUCACCAAGCAGAAUGUCAACGCCGCCAUGGUGUUCGAGUUCCUCUACAAGGUAUAUUUAUUGGUGUUGUAUGUAUUGGCUGGCACAAUCAACGUUUUUUCCUUCGGGAUUAAUAAAGAACUAUCUUAUUUUAUCUCAUCUUAAGAUGUGCGACGUCAUGACGGCCUACUUCGGCAAGAUCAGCGAGGAGAACAUCAAGAACAACUUUGUGCUGAUCUACGAGCUGCUGGACGGUAAAGGAAGCCUUUUCUUUUACCGCUCUUUUAGGCUACCGUUAUCUUUUUUUCUCUGGAAAGAGUCGAGCUGAUGUGUCAGUCGUCUAAUGUUGCUACUGUGUGCUUGUGUGUUAGGGAUGGGUAUUUGAAAUUAUUGCAGUAUUCAAAUAAUUUGAUAUCCGGAGAGUUGAAAUACAUGUUUUAAAUACGAUAUACAGUACCAGUCAAAAGUUUGGACACACCUACUCAUUCCAGGGUUUUUCUUUAUUUGUACUAUUUUCUACAUUGUAGAAUAAUAGUGAAGACAUCAAAACUAUGAAAUAACACAUAUGGAAUCAUGUAGUAACCAAAAAAGUGUUAAACUAAUCAAAAUAUAUUUUAGAUUCUUUAAAGUAGCCACGCUUUGCCUUGAUGACAGCUUUGCACACUCUUGGCAUUCUCUCAACCAGCUUCAUGAGGUAGUCACCUGGAAUUUAUUUCAAUUAACAGGUGUGCCUUUUUAAAAAGUUAAUUUGUGGAAUUUCUUUCCUUCUUAAUGCGUUUGAGCCAAUCCGUUGUGUUGUGACAAGGUAGAGGUGGUAUACAGAAGAUAGCCCUAUUUGGUAAAAGACCAAGUCCAUAUUAUGGCAAGAACAGCUCAAAUAAGCAAAGAGAAACGACAGUCCAUCAUUACUUUAAGACAUGAAGGUCAGUCAAUCCAGAACAUUUCAAGAACUUUGAACGUUUCUUCAAGUGCAGUCGCAAAAACCAUCAAGCGCUAUGAUGAAACUGGCUCUCAUGAGGACCGCCAAAGGAAAGGAAGACCCAGAGUUACCUCUGCUGCAGAGGAUAAGUUCAUUAGAGUUAACUGCACCUCAGAUUUCAGCCGAAAUAAAUGUGUUCAAGUAACAGACACAACUCAACAUCAACUGUUCAGAGCAAGGGUUGCAUUAAAUAGGCUCUAUUUUUUACUGAUGCAUUUGGUAAUAUUAAAUUCAUUCGCCCGAAACAUAUAAACAAGCAUUCACUGUGAAAGUUGAUAGGCUACAUGUAGGCCAUUCAUAUAUAGUUUAGGCCAUUCAUAUAUAGCUUAUGCGCAUCACUUAGUUAAAUUUAUCGAAUCCAUUAUUGUUUUCUUGCGCAAACUACGAGCAACACCUGUCAAACGCAGACAUUUCCCUUAAAACACAGGGAUGUUGAUUCGCAUGGGAUGAGUAUUAUCAGAGGACAUUAGGUUAUUCUGGCCCCAUCCAUCCUCCCCUCAAUACGGUGCAGUCGUCCUGUCCCCUUUUCAGAAAAGCAUCCCCAAAGAAUGAUGUUUCCACCUCCAUGCUUCACGGUUGGGAUGGUGUUCUUGGGGUUGUACUCAUCCUUCUUCUUCCUCCAAACACAGCGAGUGGAGUUUAGACCAAAAAGCUCUAUUUUUGUCUCAUCAGACCACAUGACCUUCUCCCAUUCCUCCUCUGGAUCAUCCAGAUGGUCAUUGGCAAACGUCAGACGGGCCUGGACAUGUGCUGACUUGAGCAGGGGGACCUUGCGUGCGCUGCAGGAUUUUAAUCCAUGACGGCGUAGUGUGUUACUAAUGGUUUUCUUUGAGACUGUGGUCCCAGCUCUCUUCAGGUCAUUGACCAGGUCCUGCUGUGUAGUUCUGGGCUGAUCCCUCACCUUCCUCAUGAUCAUUGAUGCCCCACGAGGUGAGAUCUUGCAUGGAGCCCCAGACCGAGGGUGAUUGACCGUGAUCUUGAACUUCUUCCAUUUUUCUAAUAAUUGCGCCAACAGUUGUUGCCUUCUCACCAAGCUGCUUGCCUAUUGUCCUGUAGCCCAUCCCAGCCUUGUGCAUCAGCGCUCACCUAAAACAUCCAUAUGCCACUGGUUGAGAGAAAUUGUCAUUGUUUUUGGGCAGAAUUAUGGGAGGUUUUAUGUGUUGUUGGAGGUGCGUCUUGGUCAGUUUAGCUUAGAAAAUGCCGCCUUCGUCAAUCUGCCUAAUGAGCGGGCAGGCUGUGCCUAUAGCGUAGCAAAGCAUAGCAUAUCAUAAUCACAUGAAUAAAUUGGUUAUAACAAACUCUGAACAACACUAAAUCAAUUAUAAGCGUACCAGAGAGUCUGUAAUGUUUUUUGGCAAGCCUUUUAUUACAGCCAAGACUAAAAAGUCUCAUUCAUUCGUGAAUGCAAUUUUGAAAUGGAACGGUUUUAUUAUUUAAGCUAAUUAUUCAAGGCUCACUUUAUUUUAUUUAAAAACUAAAACACUUGGUUGCAUUUCAAAUCAUGAAUGACUCAUAUUGUGUGAUGACAUGAACGAAUGAUUGAUUGAUUGAUACAGUAGCCUAUAGAAGUAUUGAAAUUUAAGCCAAAGUAAGUUACGGUAUUAAGACUAAACAGGAUGUGCUCUUAGGCCUACAGCUCCAUGGUGGUUAUACAAGGCUGCUAUACUAAGACUACUUAUGAUAAUGACAUCACUUAUUAUUUAUUUUAUUUUUUUUCGGACAAUUUGGAACAGUGUAAACAACACUAAAUACAUCAUAAUUAACACCAGAGAGGCUGUUCUAUCAAAAAAUAGUUUAAAGCCUUUAUUACAGCAAAGCAAAGAUUAAAUGCAGCCGAAUUUGUGAAAUUGUUUACUUGACAUGUCGUUGCGUGAGGCUUGGUGCUCACGGAAUCAGUAGGCUAUUAAACAAACACUCAAACAGGCAACAGAAGCAGGAUCUGUCAUAUUUCUGUAGAUACAGUGCCUUCGGAAAGUAUUCAGACCCCUUGACUUUUUCCACAUUUUGUUACGUUACAGCCUUAUUUUAAAGUUGAUUAAAUAAAUAAAAAUCCUCAGCAAUCUACACACAAUACCCCAUAAUGACGAAGCAAAAUAUUUUUUUUUGACAUUUUUGCAAAUGUAUUAAAAAUAAUAAACAGAAAUACCUUAUUUACAUAGGUAUUCAGACCCUUUGCUAUGAGACUCAAAAUUGAGCUCAGGUGCAUCCUGUUUCCAUUGAUCAUCCUUGAGAUGUUUCUACAACUUGAUUGGAGUCCACCUGUGGUAAAUUCAAUUGAUUGGACAUGACUUGAAAAGGCACACACUUGUCUAUAUAAGGUCCCACAGUUGACAGUGCAUGUAAGAGCAAAAACCAAGCCAUGAGGUCGAAGGAAUUGUCGUUAGUGCUCCGAAACAGGAUUGUGUCGAGGCACAUAUCUGGGGAAGGGUACCAAAACAGUUCUGCAGCAUUGAAGGUCCCCAAAAACACAGUGGCCUCCAUCAUUCUUAAAUGGAAGAAGUUUGGAACCACCAAGGCUCUUCCUAGAGCUGGCCUCCCAGCCAAACUGUGCAAUCGGGGGAGAAGGGCCUUGGUCAGGGAGGUGACCAAGAACCCGAUGGUCACUCUGACUGAGUUCCUCUGUGGAGAUGGGAAAACCUUCCAGAAGGACAACCAUCUCUGCAGGACUUCACCAAUCAGGCCUUUAUGGUAGAGUGGCUAGACGGAAGCCACUCCUCAGUAAAAGGCACAUGACAGCCCGCUUGGAGUUUGCUAAAAGGCACCUAAAGGACUCAGAAACAAGAUUCUCUGGUCUGAUGAAAUCAAGAUUGAACUAUUUGGCCUGAAAGCCAAGCAUCAAGUCUGGAGGAAACCUGGCACCAUCUCUACGGUGAAGCAUGGUGGUGGCAGCGUCAUGCUGUGGGGAUGUUUUUCAGCAGCAGGGACUGGGAGACUAGUCAGGAUCGAGGCAAAGAUGAACGGAGCAAAGUACAGAGAGAUCCUUGAUGAAAACCUGCUCCAGAGCGCUCAGGACCUCAGGCUGGGGUGAAGGUUCACCUUCCAACAGGACAACGACCCGUAGCACACAGCCAAGACAACGCAGGAGUGGCUUCGGGACAAGUCUUUGAAUGUCCUUGAGUGGCCCAGCCAGAGCCCGGACUUGAACCCGAUCGAGCAUCUCUGGCGAGACCUGAAAAUAGCUGUGCAGCAACGCUUCCCAUCCAACCUGACAGAGCUUGAGAGGAGCUGCAGGGAAGAAUUGGAGAAACUCCCCAAAUACAGGUGUGCCAAGCUUGAAGACUCGAUGCUGUAAUCGCUGCUAAAGGUGCUUCAACAAAGUACUGAGUAUAGGGUCUGAAUUCUUAUGUAAAUGUGAUAUUUCCGUUUUUUAUUUGUAAUACAUUUGCAAAAAUUUCUAAACCUCUUUUUGCUCCGUCAUUAUGGGACAUUGUUUGUGGAUUGAAGAACAUUUUAGAAUAAGGCUGUAACGUAACAAAAUGUGGAAAAAAACAAACACAGCAUUCCACAGUAAGAACAUCAUACCAAAGGUCAAGCAUGGUGGUGGUGGUGUGGUUUGGGGCUGCUUUGCUGUUUCAGGACCUGGACGACUUGCCUUAAUAGAAGGAACCAUGAAUUCUGCUCUGUAUCAGAAAAUUCUACAGGAGAUUGUCAGACCAUCCGUCUGUGAGCUGAAGCGCAGCUGGGUCAUGCAGCAAGACAAUGAUCCAAAACACACAAUCAAGUCUACAUGAAAAUAGCUCAAAAGCAACACAUUGGAAGUUUUGGAAUGGCCUAGUCAAAGUCCAGACCUUGGUUGGAGUCAUUGCAGCUAAAGGUGGCACAACCAGUUAUUGAGUGUAAGGGGGCAAUUACUUUUUCACACAGGGGAAUUGGGUGAUACAUAACUUUGUUUAUGAAAUAAAUAUGUAAUUGUGUUAUUUGUUCACUUAUGUUCCCUUUAUCUAAUAUUAGGUUUUGGUUGAAGAUCUGAUAACAUUCAGUAUAACAAAUAUGCAAAAGUAGAGAAAAUUAGAAAGGGGGCAAAUACUUUUUCAUAGCACUGUAGAUAGUCUUUUCAUUGAUAAAAAACAAAUAUACUCUCACAAGUAAUCGAAUACUAAAAUCUGUUCGGAUAUUUGAAUAACUGUGCCCAUCCCUAGUGUGUGUGUGCUCAAUUGCAGCAUAUUAUUUCCCCCCUCGGUUUACAACAACCUAACAAACUUUAUAGGUAUUCCACACAACCGUCAUGCCACAUCCUGAAGUGGUUCUCUCGUGCCGCGGUCAGCCUUUCUGCUGUGCUGUUGUUUUUUUCGGUUUAGAUUUUUGUGAGUUUUAAGCAAGAAAAUCUAAACCUAAAGAAAAUAUAGCGCCGGCAGAUGUCUAGGUGUGCUGUGUGACGGUGACAGACAUUGCAGACUUGCUAAUAUCGACUCAAGAUAUUGGUGAUAUUAUUAUGAUUGCUUUUCUAUCUUUAAAACGUUUUUUUUUGGAAGAGAUAGUGAGAUAGGAUGAUAGUGGUGAAAGGUGGAGAGGUUGUGUCUAAGGCAGUAGGUUAAUGACCUGCAGGCACAGUAGGCAUUAUCCCUAGACCAGCCAGGCCACAUAUUGGUUUUCUUUUAGGUGAAUAGGAAUAUACAGAAAAUGCAGCAGUGGAAAUGUUUUAAAAACAUACAAGUACAACUUUCUUCUGACCUAUGAUGUUUGGGGAAGACGACUGUGUUUGAGACUAAAAGAGGGUAACUGUUCGAAUCAACCCCUCUCCUCCCCUGCAACCAUUUCCCAGAUCGUCGCUCAUGUUCAAUACGGUCUCUGAAUUUACCUGGUCAAGUAAUGGUUACAUAAAAUAAGAUGGUGUUUCUUUGUGAGCCCAGCUGGUGAGCUCAUAGCAGAAGUGUGUGGUCUCACGGUCACCUUGCCUCUUGUAGAGAUCCUGGACUUUGGCUACCCCCAGAACUCGGAGACUGGCGCACUGAAGACCUUCAUCACUCAAACGGGCAUCAAGAGCCAGGUGGGCACCAUGACAAUUAUUUUAAGAUAUCUCUCAUAUCCAGUUUGGACUGCGUGGUAGUCACACAGUAGUAUACCUUUUCAGCUGUUGAUGUUGGGCAUGAGGGAUUGCUCCAGUUAGAGCUGAUGAUAGUGAUGAAUUCGAUGUAGACUUGUGUAAUGUCUUUUUUCUCUCGCUCGCUCGCUCUGUCUGUGUGUCUCGCUCUCUCCUCUCUCUGUGUCUCGCUCUCUCCUCUGUCUGUGUCUCGCUCGCUGUCUCUCUCUCCUCUCUCUGUGUCUCUCUCUCUCCUCUCUCUGUGUGUCUCUCUCUCUCUGUCUCGGUGUCUCGCGCUGUGUCUCUCUCUCCUCUGUGUCUCGCUCGCUGUCUCUCUCUCCUCUCUCUGUGUCUCUCUCUCUCCUCUCUCUGUGUCUCUCUCUCCUCUCUCUGUGUCUCUCUCUCCUCUCUCUGUGUCUCUCUCUCCUCUCUCUGUGUCUCGCUCUCUGUCUCUGUCUCUCUCCUUUCUCUGUGUCUUUGUGCUCCGUGGCUGCCGUUUAUCCCUUGGUCAUUUCAUUCUCCAGCACCAUGUGAGUACUCUCCCUUUUUGAUUGUUUGUUUAAAGGCUGCUUUACAUCUUGCACAGCGGGGUGACUGUCUCCUUACGGAUAUAUCAGCAACAUAUUGCUGAGUCCAACUUGACAUAUUGAGUUGUCGUUGGAAUUAUCCAGGUGAAAAGUGUUUCAGACAUAUCAAUCUGACAUUCUCGUUUUCGCUCUUCUCCUACUGUUCGUUCCUCUGUCUCUCCCCGAUCUCUGUCCAUCCUUCUUCCUCCCUGUCCUUUUCCUCGCUCCCCUCUUUCUGUCCAUCCCUCAUUUUCCCCCUCUCUCUGUCCACCAGUCCAAGGAGGAGCAGUCUCAGAUCACCAGUCAGGUGACUGGGCAGAUCGGCUGGCGUCGCGAGGGCAUCAAGUACCGUCGCAACGAGCUUUUCCUGGACGUGCUGGAGAGUGUCAACCUGCUGAUGUCUCCACAAGGUAAUACCGAUGUGUGAAGUGUGUGUUUUGCAACAAGGACUUUGUAACACUGCUGUACUGAAACAAAUCAACAGAGACAAACGUACACUGGACUCGGGUCUUGGGCCUUGCUUGAAUUAAUACAUUUUAUUGGACAUGUUUAAAAUUCAUAUAAAGGUCACUAAUUCAUGUGAGGACAACAAUACUUACAUAAGAAUGAUAGAGAAUUUAAAAACAAUGAAGUCUACCAACUUAUUUCCAUUGUGGCCCUCGUUAUCAUGUGGGCAGCAAGACAGUUUGGGCAAGACUGGCUUUGCAUUGGGCAAGACUGGCUGUGCAUUGGGCACUUCUAAGGCACUUCACAUUCGUUACAAUUGGAAAAUACAUACAAUACAUUGAGCUCCAAAAGAAUUGUGACAGUGAUGCACUUUUUUUUGUUCUGGCUCUGUACGCCAGCACUUUGGAUAUGAAAUGGUAUAAUGACAGAUUGGUUGAAUUGCAGACUGUCAGCUUUAAUUGGAGGGUAUUUUCAUCCAUAUCGGGUGAACCGUUUAAAUUACAUUUACAUUUUAGUCAUUUAGCAGACGCUCCUAUCCAGAGCGACUUUACAGUUAGUGCAUACAUUUAUUUUUUUCAUACUGGCCCCCCAUGGGAAUCGAACCCACAACCCUGGCGUUGCAAGCGCCAUGCUCUACCAACUGAGCUACACGGGGCCUGUCUAAAUUACAGCACUUUUUUUAGGGGACCAAAAGUAUUUGGACAAAUUCACUUAUGUUUAUUAAAGUAGUCAAGUUUAGUACUUGGCCUAUAUUCCUAGCACGCAAUGAAUACAUCAAGCUUGUAACUCUACAAACUUGUUGGAUGCUUUUGCUGUUUCUUUUGGUUGUUUCAGAUAAUUUUUUGCCCAAUAGAAAUGAAUGAUAAAUAAUUAUUGUAAAUUAGAAUAUGUUUCUAAACACUUCUACGUUAAUGUAGAUGCUACUAUGAUUACUGAUAGUCCUGAAUUAAUCGUGAAUAUUAAUGAGUGAGAAAGUUAGACUUACAAAUAUCUUACCCCCAAGACAUGCUAACCUCUCACCAUUACAAUAACAGAACAGGUUUGCAUUUUUUGGGGGGGUAUGAUAUUUGUGCGUCUCACUCAUCAUUAUUCACUAUCCGUAAUCAUGGUAGCAUCCACAUUAAUGUAGAAGUGUUUAGAAACGUAUUUUAUAGCCCUCUAACCAAUUGUACUAUUAUGUGUGUUUUUUCGCGUUUUGUUAUUUAUUCUGUACAUAAUGUUUCUGCCACCGUCUCUUAUGACCAAAAAGAGCUUCUGGAUAUCAGGACAGCGAUUACUCACCUCGUAUUGGACAAAGAUUUUUUCUUCAACGAGUCGAACGCAAAGGAUAUUCUACAGACACCCGACAAGGCCCAAAUCCCCGUCAUUCGCAUGAGAAAGAGACAGAGAUAUCGUGGACGUAGGUCGGGGUGCCUUGUAAGGAUCCGAUGGCUAGCGAGUAAACUGCCUCUUCCAUCAAUCCUAUUAGCCAAUGUUCAAUCAUUUGAAAACAAAUUGGACGACAUAAGAUUAAGGUUAUCCUACCAACGGGACAUUAAAAACUGUAAUAUCUUAUGUUUCACCGAGUCGUGGCUGAACGACGACAUGGACAACAUACAGCUGAUGGGAUAUACGCUACAUCGGCAGGAUAGAACGGCUGACUCUGGUAAGACAAGGGGUGGCGGUCUAUAUUUGUAAACAACAGCUGGUGCAUAAAAUCUAAUACUAAGGAAGUCUUGAGGUUUUGCUCGCCGGAGGUAGAGUAUCUCAUGAUAAGCUGUAGACCACACUAUUUACCAAGAGAGUUUUCAUCUAUAUUUUUCGUAGCUGUCUAUUUACCACCACAAACCGAUGCUGGCACUAAGAUUGCAUUCAAUGAGCUGUAUAAGGCCAUAAGUAAACAGGAAAACGCUCAUCCAGAGGCAGCGCUCCUAGUGGCCGGGGACUUUAAUCCGUUGUACCUCAUUUCUACCAGCAUGUUAAAUGUGCAACCAGAAGAAAAAAAACUCUAGACCACCUUUACUCCACACACAGAGAUGCGUACAAAGCUCUCCCUCGCCCUCCAUUUGGCAAAUCUGACCAUAAUUAUAUCCUCCUGAUUCCUGCUUAUAAGCAAAAACUAAAGCAGGAAGCACCAGUGACUCGGUUAAUAAAAAAAGUGGUCAGAUGACGCAGAUGCUAAGCUACAGCACUGUUUUGCUAGCACAGACUGGAAUAUGUUCCGGGAUUCAUCAGAUAGCAUUGAGGAGUACACCACAUCAGUCACUGGCUUCAUCAAUAAGUGCAUUGAUGACGUUGUCCCCACAGUGACCGUACGUACAUACCCCAACCAGAAGCCAUGGAUUACAGACAACAUCCGCACUGAGCUAAAGGGUAGCGCUGCCGCUUUCAAGGAGCGGGACUCUAACACGGACGCUUAUAAGAAAUCCCACUAUGCCCUCCAACGAACCAUCAAACAGGCAAAGAGUCAAUACAGGACUAAGAUUGAAUCGUACUACACGGGCUCUGAUGCUCGUCGGAUGUGGCAGGGCUUGAAAACUAUUAGACUACAAAGGGAAGCACAGCCGCGAGUUGCCCAGUGACACAAGCCUACCAGACGAGCUUAAUCACUUCUAUGCUCGCUUCGAGGCAAGCAACACUGAAGCAAGCAUGAGAGCAUCAGCUGUUCCGGAUGACUGUGAUCACACUCACCGUAGCCAAUGUGAGUAAGACUUUUAAGCAGGUUAACAUUCACAAGGCCGCAGGGCCAGACGGAUUGCUAGGAUGUGUACUACGAGCAUGCGCUGACCAACUGGCAAGUGUCUUCACUGACAUUUUCAACAUGUCCCUGACUGAGUCUGUAAUACCAACAUGUUUCAAGCAGACCACCAUAGUCCCUGUGCCCAAGGACACUAAGAUAACCUGCCUAAAUGACUACCGACCUGUAGCACUCACAUCUGUAGCCAUGAAGUGCUUUGAAAGGCUGGUCAUGGCUCACAUCACCAUUAUCCCAGAAACCCUAGACCCACUCCAAUUUGCAUACCGCCCCAACAGAUCCACAGAUGAUGCCAUCUCUAUUGCACUCCACACUGCCUUUCUCACCUGGACAAGAGGAACACCUACGUGAGAAUGCUAUUCAUUGACUACAGCUAAGCGUUCAACACCAUAGUGCCCUCAAAGCUCAUCACUAAGCUAAGGACCCUGGGACUAAACACCUCCCUCUGCAACUGGAUCCUGGACUUCCUGACGGGCCGCCCCCAGGUGGUAAGGGUAGGUCACAACACAUCUGCCAUGCUGAUCCUCAACACAGGGUCCCCUCAGGGGUGCGUGCUCAGUCCCCUCCUGUACUCCCUGUUCACCCUUGACUGCAUGGCCAGGCACGACUCCAACACCAUCAUUACGUUUGCUGACGACACAACAGUGGUAGGCCUGAUCACCGAAAACGAUGCAAGCCUAUAGGGAGGAGGUCAGAGACCUGGCUGUGUGGUGCCAGGAUAACAACCUCUCCCUCAACGUGAUCAAGACAAAGGAGAUGAUUGUGGACUACAGGAAAAAAAAGAGGACUGAGCACGCCCCCAUUCUCAUCGACGAGGCUGUAGUAGAACAGGUUGAGAGCUUCAAGUUCCUUGGUGUCCACAUCACCAACGAACUAUCAUGGUCAAACACAACAAGACAGUCGUGAAGAGGGCACGACAAAGCCUAUUCCCCCUCGGGAGACUGAAAAAAAUUGGCAUGGGUCCUCAGAUCCUCAGAAAGUUAUACAGCUGCACCAUCGAGAGCAUCCUGACUGGUUGCAUCACCGCCUGGUAUGGCAACUGCUCUGCCUCCGACCGCAAGGCACUACAGAGGGUAGUGCGUACGGCCCAGUACAUCACUGGGGCCAAGCUUCCUGCCAUCCAGGGCGUCUAUACCAGGAGGUGUCAGAGGAAGGCCCUAAAAAUUGUCAAAGACUCCAGCCACCCUAGUGAUAGACUGUUCUCUCUGCUACCGCACGGCAAGCAGUACUGGAGCGCCAAGUCUAGGUACAAAAGGCUUCUUAACAGCUUCUACACCCAAGCCAUAAGGCUCCUGAACAGCUAAUCAUGGCUACUCUGACUAUUUGCACUGCCCCCCCCACCCCACCCCAUCCCCUUCUUUUACACUGCUGCUACUCUGUUUAUUUAUACAUAGUCACUUUAACUCUACCCACAUGUACAUAUUACCUCGACUAGCCGGUGCCCCCGCACAUUUUCUCUGUACCGCUACCCCCCUGUAUAUAGUCUCCCUACUGUUAUUUUAUUUUACUGCUGCUAUUUAGAUAUUUCCUUUUAUUUUUUACUUAGCUAUUUUUUUACUUAACACUUUUUUUAUUUUCUUAACCGACAAUGCAGUUUAUUUUGUAUUUUUUGUGUUUUUUUUAAAGGGCUUGUAAGUAAGCAUUUCACUAAUGUCUACACCUGUUGUAUUUGGCGCAUGUGGCAAAAAUACAAUUUGAUUUGAUUUCUUACAAUAAAAGUGACUCUGAAAUGACAUUCAAUUAUUUACCGUUCAUUUGUAUUGGGCACAAAAUAAUAUGAAACGCAACCAAAACAAACAGCAAAUGCAUCUAAGAAGUUUGUAGUGAGAGACAGAAUAACAACAACAGAAUCCAGAAAAACGCAUGUCAAAAAUUUUAUAAAUUGAUUUGCAUUUUAAUGAGGGAAAUAACUAUUUGACCCCCUCUCAAUCAGAAAGAUUUCUGGCUCCCAGGUGUCUUUUUAUACAGGUAACAAGCUGAGAUUAGGAGCACACUCUUAAAGGGAGUGCUCCUAAUCUCAGUUUGUUACCUGUAUAAAAGACACCUGUCCACAGAAGCAAUCAAUCAAUCAGAUUCCAAACUCUCCACCAUGGCCAAGACCAAAGAGCUCUCCAAGGAUGUCAGGGACAAGAUUGUAGACCUACACAAGGCUGGAAUGGGCUACAAGACCAUCGCCAAGCAGCUUGGUGAGAAGGUGACAACAGUUGGUGCGAUUAUUCGCAAAUGGAAAAAACACAAAAGAACUGUCAAUCUCCCUCGGCCUGGGGCUCCAUGCAAGAUCUCACCUCGUGGAGUUGCAAUGAUCAUGAGAACGGUGAGGAAUCAGCCCAGAACUACACGGGAGGAUCUUGUCAAUGAUCUCAAGGCAGCUGGCUCCAUAGUCACCAAGAAAACAAUUGGUUACACACUACGCCGUGAAGGACUGAAAUCCUGCAGUGCCCGCAAGGUCCCCCUGCUCAAGAAAGCACAUAUACAGGCCCGUCUGAAGUUUGCCAAUGAACAUCUGAAUGAUUCAGAGGAGAACUGGAUGAAAGUGUUGUGGUCAGAUGAGACCAAAAUCGAGCUCUUUGCCAUCAACUCAACUCGCCGUGUUUGGAGGAGGAGGAAUGCUGCCUAUGACCCCAAGAACACCAUCCCCACCGUCAAACAUGGAGGUGGAAACAUUAUGCUUUGGGGGUGUUUUUCUGUUAAGGGGACAGGACAACUUCACCGCAUCAAAGGGACGAUGGACAGGGCCAUGUACCGUCAAAUCUUGGGUGAGAACCUCCUUCCCUCAGCCAGGGCAUUGAAAAUGGGUCGUGGAUGGGUAUUCCAGCAUGACAAUGACCUAAAACCAAGGCAACAAAGGAGAGGCUCAAGAAGACGCACAUUUAGGUCCUGGAGUGGCCUAGCCAGUCUCCAGACCUUAAUCCCAUAGAAAAUCUGUCGGGAGCUGAAGGUUCGAGUUGCCAAACGUCAGCCUCGAAACCUUAAUGACUUGGAGAAGAUCUGCAAAGAGGAGUGGGACAAAAUCCCUCCUGAGAUGUGUGCAAACCUGGUAGCCAACUACAAGAAACGUCUGACCUCCUGUGAUUGCCAACAAGGGUUUUGCCACCAAGUACUAAGUCAUGUUUUGCAGAGGGUUCAAAUACUUAUUUCCCUCAUUAAAAUGCAAAUCAAUUUAUAAAAUUUUUGACAUGCAUUUGUCUGGAUUAUUUUGUUGUUAUUCUGUCUCUCACUGUUCAAAUAACCCUACCAUUAAAAUUAUAGACUGAUCAUGUCUUUGUCAGUUGGCAAACGUACAAAAUCAGCAGGGGAUCAAAUACUUUUUUCCCUCACUGUAAGUGAAUUUGUCCCAAUACUUUCGGUCCCCUAAAAUGGGGGGACUAUGUGCAAAAAAGUGCUGUAAUUUCUAAACUGUUCACCCGAUAUGGAUGAAAAUGACAGUCUGCACGUUAAGCUCAUAGUCAUUGUAUCGUUUCAAAUUCAAAGUGCUGGAGUACAGAGCCAAAACAACAAAAUAUGUGUCACUGUCCCAAUACUUUUGGAGCUCACUGUAUAUAUACAAUCACAUAGACUAGACAAGGUCAGUGAUCCAAUGAUCUAUCAUGACCUCACAUUACAAAGGCUAGGCUACUAGGGCUUUACAGUUGUAUAUAAUAUAUUGGCACCCUUGCACUUUUCGUAAAUAUUUCAAAUAAGUUAAAAUUGAAAAACACUGUCUCCACACCAUGUUAUUGGAUUUUCAUCAUUGCAGAACAAUUUUUAUGUUUGUGAACUUAAGUUUACAAUUUUAAUUUAGAAAAUAAUGACAAAUGGCAUGGACAAAAUUAUUGGUACCCUGGAACUAGUACUUGGUUGCACAGCCUUUGGCCAAGAUUACUGCAGACAAACGCUUCAAUGAGCUUGCUGCACCUUUCUACUAGCAAUUUGGCAGCUGCAAACUGCUCUAAUUCAUUUUUGAGAGGUGCCCUCCACCAGCUGCUGUUUUCAGAUCUCACCAUAGGUUUUGGAUGUGAUUUGGACUCUUCGCUGGUCACUCCAGAAUAGUCCAGCGUUUCUUCUUGAACCAUUCCUGGGUGCUUUUUGAUGUGUGUCCUGCUGGAAGACCCACAACCUUCAAUGGAGACCCAGUUUUUGGACACUGGGUUGAACAUUGGACUCCAAAACACCUUGAUAAUCUGCUGAUUUCAUGAUGUCACAAAUUAUUUAAGAAAAGGGCAAGGGUGCCAAUAUAUUUGGCCGCAACUGUAUAUACACUGCUCAAAAAAAUUAAGGGAACACUAAAAUAACACAUCCUAGAUCUGAAUGAAUGAAAUAAUCUUAUUAAAUACUUUUUUCAUUACAUAGUUGAAUGUGCUGACAACAAAAUCACACAAAAAUUAUCAAUGGAAAUCAAAUGUAUCAACCCAUGGAGGCCUGGAUUUGGAGUCACCCUCAAAAUGUAAGUGGAAAACCACACUACAGGCUGAUCCAACUUUGAUGUAAUGUCCUUAAAACAAGUCAAAAUGAGGCUCAGUAGUGUGUGUGGCCUCCACGUGCCUGUAUGACCUCCCUACAACGCCUGGGCAUGCUCCUGAUGAGGUGGCGGAUGGUCUCAUGAGGGAUCUCCUCCCAGACCUAGACUAAAGCAUCCGCCAACUCCUGGACAGUCUGUGGUGCAACGUGGCGUUGGUGGAUGGAGCGAGACAUGAUGUCCCAGAUGUGCUCAAUUGGAUUCAGGUCUGGGGAACGGGCGGGCCAGUCCAUAGCAUCAAUGCCUUCCUCUUGCAGGAACCGCUGAUACACUCCAGCCACAUGAGGUCUAGCAUUGUCUUGCAUUAGGAGGAACCCAGGGCCAACCGCACCAGCAUAUGGUCUCACAAAGGGUCUGAGGAUCUCAUCUCGGUACCUAAUGGCAGUCAGACUACCUCUGGCGAGCACAUGGAGGGCUGUGCGGCCCCCCAAAGAAAUGCCACCCCACACCAUGACUGACCCACCGCCAAACCGGUCAUGCUGGAGGAUGUUGCAGGCAGCAGAACGUUCUCCACGGCAUCUCCAGACUCUGUCACGUCUGUCACGUGCUCAGUGUGAACCUGCUCUCAUCUGUGAAGAGCACAGGGCGCCAGUGGCGAAUUUGCCAAUCUUGGUGUUCUUCUCAAAUGCCAAACGUCCUGCACGGUGUUGGGCUGUAAGCACAACCCCCACCUGUGGACGUCGGGCCCUCAUACCACCCUCAUGGAGUCUGUUUCUGACCGUUUGAGCAGACACAUGCACAUUUGUGGCCUGCUGGAGGUCAUUUUGCAGGGCUCUGGCAGUGCUCCUCCUGCUCCUCCUUGCACAAAGGUGGAGGUAGCAGUCCUGCUGCUGGGUAGUUGCCCUCCUACGGCCUCCUCCACGUCUCCUGAUGUACUGGCCUGUCUCCUGGUAGCGCCUCCAUGCUCUGGACACUACGCUGACAGACACAGCAAACCUUCUUGCCACAGCUCGCAUUGAUGUGCCAUCCUGGAUGAGCUGCACUACCUGAGCCACUUGUGUGGGUUGUAGACUCCGUCUCAUGCUACCACUAGAGUGAAAGCACCGCCAGCAUUCAAAAGUGACCAAAACAUCAGCCAGGAAGCAUAGGAACUGAGAAGUGGUCUGUGGUCACCACCUGCAGAACCACUCCUUUAUUGGGGGUGUCUUGCUAAUUGCCUAUAACUUCCACCUGUUGUCUAUUCCAUUUGCACAACAGCAUGUGAAAUGUAUUGUCAAUCAGUGUUGCUUCCUAAGUGGACAGUUUGAUUUCACAGAAGUGUGAUUGACUUGGAGUUACAUUGUGUUUAAGUGUUCCCUUUAUUUUUUUGAGCAGUGUAUAUAUGACAAUGUAUGCAUAUUUAGCAGUGUGGUAUAGUGCCGGUGUGGCCACUAGAGGCUGCCACCUGCCUGUUUUUAAUGUGUGAGAAGGCUUCUCUUCUAUAACCUUACAUAAGUGUAUCACUACCUCAUAAUGAACUGGUUACCUGCCUUCUGUGUUGCUCCGUGUUAACCUCUCCCUCUGCUCCAAUCAGGUCAGGUGCUGAGCGCCCACAUCUUGGGCCGCGUGGUCAUGAAGAGCUACCUGGUAACCUCUCCCUCUCUCCAACCAGGUCACGUGCUGAGUGCCCACGUCUCGGGCCGCGUGGUGAUGAAGAGCUACCUGGUGUAACCUCUCCCUCUCUCGAAUCAGGCCAGGUGCUGAGUGCCCAUGUCUCCGGCCACGUGGUGAUGAAGAGCUACCUGGUAACCUCUCCCUCUCUCCAACCAGGUCAGGUGCUGAGCGCCCACGUCUCGGGCCGCGUGGUGAUGAAGAGCUACCUGAGCGGCAUGCCAGAGUGCAAAUUUGGCAUGAACGACAAGAUCGUCAUCGACAAACAGGGCAAGGGGGGCGCCACAGAUGAGGCGGCGGGCAAGAGGUGAGUGGGCAACGGGUGUGGCCGGCUUUAGACAUUUAGAUUUGAACUGUUUAUAUUUGAUUGAUUUGCCAGCAGCCUCUGAAGCUAAGCAGGGUUGGUCCCUGGAUGGGAGACCAGAUGCUGCUGGAAGUGGUGUUUAAGGGCCAGUAGUAUACAGGACCAGUUUGGACACACCUACUCAUUCCAGGGUUUUUCUUUAUUUUUACUAUUUGAAAAUAGUAAAAAAUAAAGAAAAACCCUUGAAUGAGUAGGUGUUCUAAAACUUUUGACCGGUAGUGUAUUGCCCAAUGCCCCAGGGCAGUGAUUGGGGACAUUGCCCUGUGUAGAGUGCCGUCUUUCAGAUGGGACGUUAAACGGGUGUCCUGGCUCUCUGUGGUCGCUAAAGAUCCCAUGGCACUUAUCGUAAGAGUAGGGGUGUUAACCCCGGUGUCCUGGCUAAAUUCCCAAUCUGGCCCUCAUACCAUCAUUGCCACCUAAUCAUCCCCAGUUUCCAAUUGGCUCAUUCAUCCCCCCUCCUCCCCCUGUAACUCUUCCCCAGGUCGUUGCUGUAAAUGAGAAUGUGUUCUCAGUUAACUGGUAAAACAGUGGCCCAAGUAGUCUUAGAUGUGAGGCUAGAAAUAUAGAUAUAGAAGUAGAUUAGAAUAUACACUACCAGUCAAAAGUUUGGACACCUACUCAUUCAAGGGUUUUUCUUUAUUUUUACCAGUUUUUACAUUGUAGAAUAAUAGUGACGACAUUCAAACUAUGAAAUAAUACAUAUUUUCAUCAAGGAUCUCUCUGUACUUUGCUCCUUUUCUCUGUUCAUCCUUCCCUUGAUCUUGAAUAGUCUCCCAGUACCUGCAGCUAAAAAACAUCCACACAGGAUGGUGCCAGGUUUCGUCCAGACAUGACACUUGGCAUUCAGGCCAAAGAGAUCAAUCUUGGUUUCAUCAGACCAGAGAAUCUUGUUUCACGUGGUCUGAGAGUCCUUUAGGUGCCUUUUGGCAAUCUCCAAGCGGGCUGUCAUGUGCCUUUUUACUGAGUGGCUUCCGUCUGAUCACUCUACCAUAAAGGUCUGAUUGGUGUAGUGCUGCAGAGAUGGUUGUUCUUCUGGAAGGUUCUCCCAUGACCAAGGCCCUUGAUUGCUCAGUUUGGCUGGGCAGCCAGCUCUAGGAACAGUCUUUGUGGUUCCAAACUUCUUCCAUUUAAGAAUGAUGGAGGACCUUCAAUGCUGCAGAAAUGUUUUGGUACCCUUCCCCAGAUCUGAAGAAACAUCUCAAGGAUGAUCAAUGGAUACAGGAUGCACCUGAGCUCAAUUUCGAGUCUCGUAGCAAAGGGUCUGAAUACUUACAGUUGAAGUCGGAAGUUUACAUACACCUUAGCCACAUAUAUUUAAACUCAGUUUUUCACAAUUCCUGACAUUUAAUCCUAGUAAAAAUUCCCUGUUUUAGGUCAGUUAGGAUCACCACUUUAUUUUAAGAAUGUGAAAUGUCAGAAUAAUAGUAGAGUGAUUUAUUUCAGCUUUUAUUUAUUUCAUCACAUUCCCAGUGGGUCAGAAGUUUACAUACAAUCAAAUAGUAUUUGGUAGCAUUGCCUUUAAAUUGUUUAACUUGGGUCAAACAUUUUGGGUAGCCUUCCACAAGCUUCGCACAAUAAGUUGGGUGAAUUUUGGCCCAUUCCUCCUGACAGAACUGGUGUAACUGAGUCAGGUUUGUAGGCCUCCUUGCUCGCACACGCUUUUUCAGUUCUGCCCACACAUUUUCUAUAGGAUUGAGGUCAGGGCUUUGUGAUGGCCACUCCAAUACCUUGACUUUGUUGUCCUUAAGCCAUUUUGCCACAACUUUGGAAGUAUGCUUGUGGUCAUUGUCCAUUUGGGAGACCCAUUUGCGACCAAGCUUUAACUUCCUGAAUGAUGUCUUGAGAUGUCGCUUCAAUAUAUCCACAUAAUUUUCCUUCCUCAUGAUGCCAUCUAUUUUGUGAAGUGCACCAGUCCCUCCUGCAGCAAAGCACCCCCACAGCAUGGGGCGGCAGGUAGCUUAGUGGGUAAGAGCGUUGUGCCAGUAACCGAAAGGUCGCUGGUUCUAAUCCCCGAGCCGACUAGGUGAAAAAUCUGUCGAUGUGCCCUUAAGCAAGGCACUUAACCCUAAUUGCUCCUGUAAGUCGCUCUGGAUAAGAGCGUCUGCUAAAUGACGUAAAUGUAAAUGUAUGAUGCUGCCACCCCCGUGCUUCACGGUUGGGAUGGUGUUCAUCAGCAUGCAAGCGACCCCCUUUUUCCUCCAAACAUAACGAUGGUCAUUAUGGCCAAACAGUUCUAUUUUUGUUUCAUCAGACCAGAGGACAUUUCUCCAAAAAGUAAGAUCUUUGUCCCCAUGUGCAGUUGCAAACCGUAGUCUGGCUUUUUUAAUGGCUGUUUUGGAACAAUGGCUUCUUCCUUGCUGAGCGGCCUUUCAGUUUAUGUCGAUAUAGGACUCGUUUGACUGUGGAUAUAGAUACUUUUGUACCUGUUUCCUCCAGCAUCUUCACAAGGUCCUUUGCUGUUGUUGUGGGAUUUAUUUGCACUUUUUGUGCAAGUAUGUUCAUCUCUAGGAGACAGAACGCGUCUCUUUCCUGAGCGGUAUGACUGCUGCGUUGGCCUAUGGUGUUUAUACUUGCGUACUAUUGUUUGUACAGAUUAACGUGGUACCUUCAGGCGUUUGGAAAAUGCUCCCAAGGAUGAACCAGACUUGUGGAGGUCUACAAUUCUUUGGCUGAUUUGUUUUGAUUUUCCCAUGAUGUCAAGCAAAGAGGCACUGAGUUUGAAGGUAGGCCUUGAAAUACAUCCACAGGUACACCUCCAAUUGACUCAAAUGAUGUCAAUUAGCCUAUCAGAAGCUUUUAAAGCCAUGACAUUAUUUUCUGGAAUUUUCCAAGCUGUUUAAAGGCACAGUCAACUUAGUGUAUGUAAACUUCUGACCCACUGGAAUUGUGAUUCAGUGAAUUAUAAGUGAAAUAAUCUGUCUGUAAACAAUUGUUGGGAAAAUUACUUGUGUCAUGCACAAAUUAGAUGUCCUAACCGACUUGCCAAAACUAUAGUUUAACAAGAAAUGUGUGGAGUGGUUGAAAAACAAGUUUUAAUGACUCCAACCUAAGUGUAUGUAAACUUCCGACUUCAACUGUAUGUAAAUAAGGUAUUUCGGUUUUUUAUUUGCAAUAAAUGUGCAAACAUUUCUCAACCUGUUUUCGCUUUGUCAUUAUGGGGUAUUGUGUGUAGAUUGAGGAAUAUUUUUUCUUUAAUCCAUUUUAGAGUAAGGCUGUAACGUAACAAUGUGGAAAAAAUCAAGGGGUCUGAAUACUUUCUGAAUGCACAUGGCUUGUUACUUUGUUCAUAAUUUUCCAUCACCUUCUUUUUUAUGAAGUUCUUUCGUGGCAUGAUGUUUAGAGUGCUAAGAUUUUAAGUGUCAAGCUCUGUGUGUUUUUUUUCUUCCCCUCCUUGAUUUUUUUUUUUUUAAUUUUCUCCCUCUCUGUGCUGGACCUCAGUGAUUUGGGGGGCAGGUAGCGUACAUCACUCACACGGUCAGACUGCUCUCUCCAUCCUCAGUCUGCCUCAAUCUGCCUCUGUGUGCGUCUGUCUUGUCUGUCCAUCGUUUUGUCUACACAGGGUUGCGUUCAGUACAGAGCAAUGUUGUAUGUCUGAUUUUCUGACAAGUAGAUUUGGACGUAGUGUUCAUAAUCAAAUGUUGCAUUCUUCUGAACGCAACAGACUGACCAGGCAAUUAGUGUCGUAGUGUCUGGCUUGCAUGCCUCUACUGUUUUGUGUGUUUUUGUGGAUUUGAGCAUGAAGGAGUUCAGUGUGUGCAUCAGCUCUAAAUUGAAAUGCUUACUCUUCGUACAUUUCUGUUAGACGUUAAUCUCACUGUCAUCUAUUUUGUACUGUCUUAAUGUCUGUGUGUUAUGAUUAGGCUAGGUUUCCCCUCCUUCAGUGUGUGUGUGUGGCCCUCUUGUCCCCUUUAAACACCUCUCUCUCAUCUCUCUCUCUUAGUGGCGGUGGUGGCGGUAAGCAAUCCAUAGCCAUUGACGACUGUACAUUCCACCAGUGUGUGCGUCUCAGCAAGUUUGACGCUGAGCGCAGCAUCAGCUUCAUUCCUCCGGACGGAGAGUGUGAGCUCAUGAGGUAACGAGCCUGUGUGAUACUGACACGCAUAAACACACACACACAUUCACACACAGGCUCUGACCUUAUUUGUCUGUUUUGUGUGUGUUUGCCGCCUCUUCUCCUCAGGUACCGCACCACCAAGGACAUCAUCCUACCCUUCCGCGUCAUCCCCCUUGUCAGGGAGGUGGGCCGCACCAAGCUUGAGGUCAAGGUGGUCAUUAAGUCCAACUUCAAGCCCUCGCUUCUGGCUCAGAAGAUUGAGGUAUGGCAACAGAGGGAUUUAAGGAUACCAUAGAGCCUUGGGCACAGUACCUGGUCAGGUCGUGGUCAUCAUGGUCAGGUCGUGGUCAUCAUGGUCAGGUCGUGGUCAUCAUGGUCAGGUCGUGGUCAUCAUGGUCAGGUCGUGGUCAUCAUGGUCAGGUCGUGGUCAUCAUGGUCAGGUAAAAGUCCUGAAAUGACACACUUUCGUAGUAGUGCUCUACAUAGCCAUUUCGGAUGCACCCUUGGUCUUACCCAUAAACUAAUGAAUGAGUGUUUGUAGAUGGGGAAUGGAUCCACUGAACUGAAUGUCUUUUCCCAUGUUUUUACUACCCAGGUGCGCAUCCCCACCCCUCUCAACACCAGCGGGGUCCAGGUGAUCUGCAUGAAGGGCAAGGCCAAGUACAAGGCCAGCGAAAACGCCAUCGUCUGGAAGUAAGUUUUCCUCACUGUCGUUCUCAGGUUAGCUGUACCAGGGCCCUGUUUAAUAGGGCACACAUUGGAAAACAUUACGCAACCGGGGGAAAAAACAUGAAAAAUAGUAGUCCCUCCCUGUUUGAGUAAAAAAUUAUGUUUCGUGCCUAAUGAACUCCACCCAGGUUAUGCGUCAGCCUGAGAAAUGUGUACGCUUCGCAGUCAUCUAUAAACUACUGACCGAAAAAAGUUGCUAAUUGCGUCACUCGUUAAUUGGGGACUUUUUUCACGACGCACAGAGUCAAGGGAUCGAUGAUUGCUAACCAGGGCCGUCAGAGCUGCAAACUCUUGUUUUUAUCAACUAAGCCGGGCUUCGAUCUCGGCCUAAAUGGAUGCUAACUCAGCAGCAACAUCGUCCUUCGCUAGCCACGCUGUUGACCUCACCUUAGCCGAUGGCCUCAAGUAUAACAGCGUAGACAUAAUACCCACCCACAACGAUUCAGAGGAAGAUGAUUGGCCCGUUUGACAUUUGAUUUAGAGAAAUGGCAAUUCAAUUGAGGAGAUCCAGAUUGAGUGGAAUUAAAUUAUUGUAUCUAUUUUUAAACUAAAAUGAAUUUAAGACGUGUGUGUGUGUGUGUUCGGGGGGGGGGGGGAUUUGGAAUUAUUUCACUAUUCAAAGAAAAAAAAAUUAUAUCCGAAAUUUUAAAAUAUACAAAUAGCUCUAUUCUGUUGACCAAUCAGAAAGAUACAAAAUACCACAACAGCAGACAGUGCAAAUGUUUUCAGGAUAGCUGGCUAACAGUAGCAGUGAAAUAUAAGUCUGAUGUUCGCUAUCAUAGAACUGAUUCUGUUUCAAGGAAAGUUUUCUGGUGAGUGUUUUACGUUGAUCUGUGUCAGGUCCAUUUGUGUGUGCCUGUAGGCUAAUCACUAUUUGUAGUGGGGGAAAUAGCAUACCGUUGUCAGGGCCGACCGGAGGGCUAAAUGUGUUAUGAUAGUAAAAUGCCUUUUCAUGUAAAACGCAACCCAUAGCCCAUGAGAGAGAAUUUGCUUUAAAAUAAAAUGAUCACUUUGUGUGUCCUCAGGACUGUAAACAAUAUACUGUCAAAGCCACGUGAUGUCUGAAGCAGCAGUAGCUCAAUGCGCCAUAACAUAAUGUUUUAUUAAAUUAAGCAUUUCAAAUGUCAUGGUAUAUCCUUGUUUGUAACAAUGUAACAUGGACAAUUUAAUUAAAGCCAAACUCCGUCCCAAAUACAUACAUUUUUUUCUGGUUUAAUAUAUCUCAAUGUAUAGAUGAAAGAUUAAUUUGCCAUUUGGGUCACUUCAAAGUGACAAAAAUGAAGAUUUAAGAAAAGUAUAAAUACAGAAUUAUAAGUACUUUGUUUACAAAUUGCAGGUCAGAUUUCUCCAGGUAAUUAUGAUGCAGAGGCCUUUUGAUAAUGUCUCUCACACACGUUCUAUCUGUUCCUCUGAUCCAUCCACGACUACAGCAACACGUCAACAAUACAUAGGUCAAUAUCUAGCUAUAUCCCUCUCAUUACAAAUGAGAAUCAUUAUAAAUGAGAGUUGAAUUGUGGGCGAUUUUCAUUCAGCAAAGGAUUGAGAAUAUUUUCCUAGCGCAACACUUGUUAGUUGGACCAUAUUUUAGACUCCUGAGCAAGACCAGUGUCCACAUGCUGGACACUAUGGAUAAUAAUCACGAAAGCCAGCUCUGCUACUGGUAUGUGAUGCAAGCUAGUUAGCUAAUUUAUCUGGCUAGCAAACAGAUCCACACACGCAUUGCUUACAAAUGUGUAUAGCCUAAUGGUGGGUGACUAGCCUACAGCCAAAUAAACGUUAAUGCACUUACUUGCAAACUUUGCUGGAGUUGCUAGCUGGCUAAUUGUUUUUCUCUUGGAUGUUGAGUUUAAUAUUGCAACCUUUUUGAUGGUGAAAUGUAUAAUUCAACCCUGCUAUAGACUUUUCCUGGCAAGUGUUUGCAAUGCAAGAGAUCAAGUAGAUAACGGCACUGCCGUUGCACCGCAGUAGGCGGCCUAUAUUGUUGAACUUGUCUAUGUACGUUUAUAAUUAUAUAUUUUACUGCUGUAAUGUUCAUAGCUGACUCCACUUGUAAAUUGUAAUUUUUAUAAUACAGUAGUGUAGCCUACAUGCAAAUGAUUAAAUACCUUACCUGGUUAAAUAAAGGUGAAAUAAAUAAAAUAAAACAUGCAAAUGAGAACACAGCUGUCUCAUACUGACUGAUCGAAGCGAUGCUUGAGAACUCUUCGAGCACAUUGUGACGUCUUGCCGGGGUUUGUUUACACAAUGUCUUGCCUGGUAUAGACUACCAGUCAAAAGUUUGGACACUACCUUGUCACAACACAACUGAUUGGCCUAAACGCAUUAAGAAGGAAAGAAAUUCCACAAAUUAACUUUUAAGAAGGCAACCUGUUAAUUGAAAUGCAUUCCAGGUGACUACCUCAUGAAGCUGGUUGAGAGAAUGCCAAUAGCGUGCAAAGCUGUCAUCAAGGCAACGGGGGCUAUUUGAAGAAUCUCAAAUAUUAAAUAUAUUUUGAUUUGUUUAACACUUUUUUGGUUACUACAUGAUUCCUUAUGUGUUAUUUCACAGUUUUGAUGUCUUCACUAUUAUUCUACAAUGUAGAAAAUAGUAAAAAUAAAGAAAAACCCUUGAAUGAGUAGGUGUGUCCAAACUUUUCACUGGUGUAUAUGUGUGUGUAUAUGUAUGUGUGUGUAUAUAUAUAUACUCAGUGUGUUCGAAUACAAGUGUUCGAAUACUAACGACCGUUUGGAUUAACCGUGCCCAUCCCUAGUGUGUGCGCCUGUGUUUGUGCUGUGGAAUGGUGUUAACUGUGUGUGUCUGCAGGAUCAAGCGUAUGGCAGGGAUGAAGGAGUCUCAGAUCAGUGCCGAGAUUGAGCUGCUGCCCACCAACGACAAGAAGAAGUGGGCGCGCCCUCCCAUCUCCAUGAACUUUGAGGUGAUUAGGGGUUUUAUUUCCUUGACACAGUCAUCUCUACUGUAGCCAGGUUCAAGAUCAGUUUGUGCUCUAUAGCCAACUCCUAUGGUUGAAUGACCCAGGUGUGCAAACAUUUCUGUUCUGUCAAAUACGGAACUCUCUCCCAGGUGUCAUUAUGGUCUUAUUAUGGUUCUGUUAUGGUCUCCCAGGUGCCAUUUGCUCCGUCCGGGCUCAAGGUGCGCUACCUGAAGGUGUUCGAGCCCAAGCUGAACUACAGUGACCACGACGUCAUCAAAUGGGUGCGCUACAUCGGUCGCAGCGGCAUCUACGAGACGCGCUGC